AUGGCUUCCUCUGAUUCCGUCGUAUCUCACACUGCCUUCGAUGCUCUCCAGAUCGGUCGCUCUUCCCAGUUUGUCGUGGCUAGAGAUUUUGUGAUUCAUGGUUUCAUCCCUGCUGGUCGGGCCAGUUUUUACCGGCCAUCCUUGCUUGACGUUUCUGUUGUGAAGGUUUCAUGGUUCGAAGUUUCUAGAUCCACGAAGAUGGACAAAAUAACAGAGCAUCCUUUCGUCAUCUGA